AUGAUUUGUUCUUUCCUGCGCUGCUUUGUUGUGGGCGCCCGCAUCAUCGCUUCGAGUUUCGCUCCGAUGCAGGAGGACGAGGACGCCCUCCGGCAGCGAGCGAUCCAGCGCAUCUCAGACGCGCCCGUCAGCCCUGGCUGGUCGACGGACGGCACUAAUCGUAAGAACCCCUUCAAUGUGCUCGGCGUCAGCUCUGGGCUCGAGCUGAAGGCGAUACGGAAGGAGUACCUUUCGCUUUCGAAGCUCCUGCACCCGGACAAAACCUCCGAGCCGGGGGCGGCCGAGGCACAGAAGGAGAUCUCGACCGCUUUUGAAAUGCUCAAGCAAAAUGCGGGGAAGGGCACGAUCAAGCCGACCCCGGACGAGAUUCUGCAGUUUGCGCGCCUAGUCGCGAUGGGUCCGUACAAUGCCUUUGUCAUUAUCGGCGGUUGGUCACUCAAGGGGGAUAAUCUCAAGGGCAAGGACCACCUCCUCAUCAAGUUGACCCAAGAGAGGGAGUUCAGCUCAAUGACGCUCGAGGCCUUCCGCGAGUUGCUGCUGGGCGGCGGAGCCGUCUACUGGCCGGGAGAGCGGAAGUGGUUCACCGGGCGGGUCAAGGCAUACGACCCGGUGGCGCUCGAGCACUGCGUGAUGUACGACGACGGCGAGGAGCACCAGGAGUGCCUGACCGGCCUCGAUCCGAUGGAGUGGAAGCUCCUCCCCGCAGAGCCGGCCGCGGCCACGUCGUCGCGCACCACGGCCGACCACCGGCCGGCGGCAAAGGCGGAAUCCGCAGAUGCGACGGAGCCGACAGAGCCGAGCCAAGCAAACAGCCCCGAGGGCAGCGCCGAGCGAGGGGAGGCCGAGCAGCCGGCGAAGCGGCAGCGGCGAGACGAUCCCGAGUCCGGCGCAUCGCGGCCGCCGUCGUCCGUUGGCAGCGCUUACGACGACGCGAAUCCAGCGCGCCGCGCGGCGGCGGAGAAGCUGGCUGCCGCAAAGGGUCUGCCGCCCGGCUGGCUCGCCUUCCGCACGCCGGACUCGCACUACAAGAUCGUCGCACCCGAUCGCACAUGCUACAGCAGGCUCGGAGACGCAAAGGCGGUUGCGGCAAAGUACGGUGGCGGCGCGAAGUACUACCCGGGCGUGAUCACACGCGAUAACGGCGACGACACAUAUGCCAUCAAGUACGACGACGGGGACACGGAGGAUGCCGUGAAGCGGCCGCUGAUCCGGACGGAGGAACCGACAUGGAGCGAGGGGCAUAGCGUCGAGGUGCGGGAGGCGGGCACGGGGCGCUAUUUGCUCGGCGUUGUCACGCGCCACAACCGUGGCACCUUCGAUGUCGACUUUGGCGACGGUCGCGUUGAGCGGCGCGUGGGGCCCGAGAGGAUGCGCGAACCUCCGGCGCGGGAGAGUGGGCCGGAGGGAGUGGGCGGUGAGGAAGGUGCCGCCUCGCCAACGGCUGAGGUGGGCGGCGCCUCGGGCCCGAGCGAGGUGGACUCACCGUCCCAGAGCGAGACGGGGCUGGAGAGCGCCGGCUCGGGGCGGGAGGAUGUGGAGGGUGAUCAGUGA